AGAAAACUAAAUGUAAAACGUCAUAAAAAGUAGUAAUAUUUGUGAAUAUUCUUGUGACAGUUGCGAGGUGUAGUAGUUCGGGAUUAAAAUUUCGAACAGAGUUUGACUGACCGAAUUUUUAAUAAUUUAUAAAAUCAAGAUUGUUUUGGUAUUUUUGCGUUUCGUUUUUGUUCAAAUUACAAAUUAGUCGCUUUGAUUUUGCCAGAAGUUACGUCAAUAUCAAAACUUACGUCCCGAAAAUUCGUUUUAAAGGAUGUUUAGCACCCAAUUAGGAAAUUUGCCAUUUGCGACAACGAUCAAACAAGACAACUCAAACUCCAGCAAUAUACAAGACAGGGCCAUGGAAACAAACAAUGGGGCCGGCGAUAGCAAUCAAUCUCAAACAGACAAAACGAAACUGAUCAUUAAUUAUAUACCCCAAUUCGCCACCGAAGACGAUCUCGCGCAGAUAUUUAACCCCAUCGGGAAGGUCGAAAGCAUUAAGAUUAUGAGAGAUUAUAAGACUGGCUACAGUUUUGGGUUUGGUUUUGUCAAGUACUCCAUGCCCGAGGAUGCUGCUAAAGCCAUUGAAGCUUUGAAUGGAUACAAUUUUAGAAACAAACGGCUGAAGGUUUCGUACUCUCGACCUCCAGGCACCGACAUGAAAGAUUCCAACCUGUACAUCACGAAUCUACCGAAAGACAUCACAGAGGAAGAGGUGGACAACUUGUUUCGAGGCUACGGUGAAAUCGUGCAAAGAACCGUGUUAAAGGACAAAGUGACGGGAAUGCCGAGAGGAGUUGCUUUUGUGAGGUUCUCGAAAGGCGAGGAGGCCCAAGCAGCGAUAGCCAGUUUGCACGGCACGAUGUUGAAGAACGCCAUGUUACCUUUGAACGUGAGAGUCGCCGAAGAUCAUGGUAGACAGAAGGCGCAGUAUUUGGACGUGUGGGAUCCGAUGGGGUUCAACAGGGGAUUUCCCCAAUUUAGAGGAGUAUUGCCUUUUAGAGAAAUGAAUCCCAGAAGCAAUUUCCAAAAUCGAUUCGGCAAAUUCCAUUUGAAUAACAUGAGAAAUCUGGGAGCAGGUGACACCUUGUUCCAUAACCCGUUUCUGUUUUGAGGCGAUUUGCUUAUUCAAUUCACAGAAAGUUUUAUUUGAUUUUUAAUUACAUUUCGUCGAUGAUCGACUGUAUUUUUUUUGAGGAUUUGAUUAAUUUUUUUUUUCAGUUUUGUUGUUCAGUUAAUUUGUUUCAAAGUUGUUCAAUGUUUUGUUUCAGUUGAUUGUUGACGAUUUCUCAUCAGCUUUUUAAAAUCAUAACUGAGAAGACUGGUGUUAAUUUUAUUAAAUUGAUUAUAUACACAUUUCUACCCUACGUGUUAAGUCUAUAUUUCGAAUAAGAUUCGUCAAUUGAUUGUGUUCGCGCUUGAUGAUGUGAACGACUACUAUAUUUACUAAUGUUAUAAAAUUUUAUUUAUUUUUUGAACGGUAGAAAAACAUUGACGAAUGAUGCUUUAAUGAUAAUUAAUAUUCAAUGAAGUUAAUUUAUAUUGUCAAUGACUUUUUCUACUUUAUCGACUGUUGUUGCUGAGUAUUGUAUAAUUUUAUUUUUU